UGGCCUGUCAUGAACUAGUUACGAAAUCCUGUAAAAUCCAUCUACACUCCCGUUUGCAUAGCUUGCAGAGAUUCCUUUCAUGGUUGUUGAGUCACUGCUUUUUACUCAGUGCUUUCAGUUUCACAUUACUCUAAAUCCUUCAUUUCUAAUACAGUACUUUAGGAGGUCAGGACAGCCACGUCACAUCGGAGUUUAAAUAAAAGCCCAAGCACCCAGUGAAAGGCAGAGAAGUAACAAACCACUCCAGCCUACACUAAGGAAAAAAAAAAGAUAAGGUGACACCCUGGACAUGGCCUCAGACAUCCAGAUGCCAGGCCCAGUGUGCCUCAUUGAGAACACUAACACGCAACUAGUGGUUAAUCCAGAAGCUUUGAAGAUCCUGUCUGCCAUUACACAGCCUGUUGUGGUGGUGGCCAUUGUGGGUCUCUACCGCACAGGCAAAUCCUACCUGAUGAACAAGCUGGCUGGGCAGCAAAAAGGCUUCUCUCUGGGCUCCACGGUUCAGUCUCACACCAAAGGCAUCUGGAUGUGGUGUGUGCCUCACCCUAAGAAACCAAACUACACCUUAGUUCUGCUUGACACUGAAGGGCUGGGAGAUGUAGAGAAGGGUGACAACCAAAAUGACUCCUGGAUCUUUGCCCUGGCAAUACUGCUGAGCAGCACCUUUGUGUACAAUAGCAUGGGGACCAUAAACCAGCAGGCCAUGGACCAACUGCANUAUGUGACAGAGCUGACAGAUAAAAUAAGGGCAAAAUCUUCACCUGAUGCAAAUGAGGUUGAGGAUUCAGCUGACUUUGUGAGCUUCUUUCCAGAUUUUGUGUGGACACUGAGGGAUUUUUCCCUAGAAUUGGAAGCAGAUGGGCAACCCAUCUCAGCAGACGAGUACCUGCAGAAUUCACUCAAACUCAAGCAAG